ACGGUGACGUGAGGUCGUAUACGCGGAAGUUGGUUGCUUAGCUUCAAUGUGGAGAACGUGAGCUGUACUGUGAGUAAAAGUGACUCAAAUGUAUGAAAACGACAGAGCUGCACGGCUCAUGACACUGAAGGUAACAUUUACCCACCAAACGUGAAGGAGCAGAGAAGUUCCGAACUCCUCUCCUGCAGCUGAGACGCAAACAUGACCACAGGUUUCCCCACACCUUUAUACUCUCAUGCGGGACGGGGAGACUUCAGGGACGUUUACGAGCCUGCGGAGGACUCGUUUCUACUGAUUGACGCGUUGGAAAAGGAUGCAGAGAGACUCCAGCUCAUCAGCCCCUGCGUGUGUUUGGAGGUGGGCAGUGGCUCUGGAGUGGUGUCAGCAUUCCUGGCAUCAGUUAUUGGACCUUCAGCUCUCUAUCUUUGCACUGAUGUGAAUCCGGCUGCAGCUCAGUGCACAGCAAAGACCGCUUCCUGCAACAAUGUGUCACUGCAGCCUGUUCUCACAUCCCUGGUGGACUCUCUUCUGCCUCGACUAGGCGGGAAAGUGGAUGUCCUCCUCUUCAACCCUCCUUAUGUGGUCACCCCUUCAGAGGAGGUGAUCCAGCUCUCUACAGCUUUUUAUUUACUGCUGAUGAGGAUUGUUAAAGAUAUUGUGCCUUUCUUCCAGGUUGGCAGCAGAGGUAUAGAAGCAGCCUGGGCUGGUGGGAAACGAGGACGAGAGGUCACAGACCGAUUUCUGCCUCUGGUAGCUCAGCUGCUCUCCAGUGAAGGUUUAUUCUACCUCAUCACUAUAGCUGAGAACGAUCCAGAGGAAAUCAUCCACUCACUAUGUAAGCACGGUUUGAAGGGAGAGUCCUGCUUGUCCACGAGAGCUGGGAACGAAAGACUGUCUGUGCUGCGCUUCCAUCGGAGCUGACGAACAUGAAACUUUCUGAUAAAUCUUCUCUAAACGGAUUAAAUAACGUAUAUUUUUGCAGAACAGUGUGUGUGUGCAAGGACUCAUUUUGAGUGAAGAAAACAUUUCAUGUCCAGUGUAAAUAAAAUAUUAACAUGCAUCAA